CGAUCUGAUCCGAAGGUGGCUUCGCGUGAACCGGCCGGACUAAACAAAAGCUAGUGCAUGCUACCGCCAGUGGCUCAAAACUAAUCGUGAGUUCGAUUCGAGAGGAUCAAUUCAGAGGAAACACAAACUGUCCGGUCGCAUCGAUCAUCGUCGCUAUCCAGUUGAACCGUUGUUGAACACCUAGUGGAAGCAGUAUCCCCAAAAUGGCAUAUAAAUUCGUCUGUGUACUUUUGGCCAUUGCCAUGUGCGCCGUACCGGCUCUCUCCUUCUCGGCCGGUGCCCCGAAAGACGCCUGCGGUGACAUGAUUCCCCAGCAUCACACCGAUCCACAAAAAUCGGCAGCUCCCUACAAAAUUUUGCUCGACAAGAAGCAGAUCAAAUCUGGACAAGGAGUUACCGUUACCGUGCAAGGAAAUAGCCCCAGUGAUACAAUCAAGGGUUUGCUCUGCCAGGCCCGCGUCGGCGAGACUCCGGUCGGAUCGUUCGAUGUUCCACCAAGUAACAACUUGAUUCAAACUCUGAACUGUGGUAACUCAAAAACGUCGGCCGUCACUCACAAAAAGAUCACCACUGCACCAAAUAGCAUCUCCUUCAACUGGGUUGCCCCGAAAGGAUUGAGUGAAAACGUGAAGAUGACCUGUACCAUUGCGCUGAACGGCGGCGUGUUCUGGGUCAAAGAACAGUCCACCGAUCUUAAGGUUAACUAAAUUAAGCGAAUCGAGACGAGUCUCACAAAUAUUAUGUCAUAUGCUGCUCGAUGCAGACUACAAAGUUGUUCGCUUUAAAGAUUUUUAUUUUUUUAUCCCAUUUGACGUGCUAUUUUUGUGCAUAUUUGUAAAUGACAAUAAAUUGUGACUUAUGUGUUUAAUAGAGA